AUGCCCCAAUCGAUGAAACGCGAUGUAGACACCGCUUUUGAAGGCGCCGUACAUGGUAGUCCUCAUACACCCAAACGCCAGAGGAAAAGAAGGCGACGUACGAGCGAAAAUGGGCCUACAGAGGGUAAAGUCAACGCCGAGCCUGGUCCUACAACGGCGACGCCCGCAAACAUCUGCCACCAAAAAUCAUCGGAGAUUGCAGCAUCACAAUCUCCUCUCGAACGAACCAGGAAAAGGAAGAGGUUUAGGACAAAAGGAUCCGUGAAGGAACUGUCUCCCAAGAGCGGCAAGCCGCAUUCGCUGAAAGGUUCCAGAGAAGACAAAAAGAAUGCUUUAGUCAGGACGAAGACGAGAACGAAGAGAAAGACAACGCAAAUCGAGAAGGCAGGAUUGAAACGAGCAGAUGUCAGUACCCAGGGCUGGUCGCUUUCUCCAGGCAAAGGCGGCGUCUUCAUUGAACAAGAUCCUCUCCUUCCUGAAGAUGGCCAGCAUUUGAUUCUCCCAACACACUCGGAAGUCCAAGUAUAUGCCACUCAAACAUCACUUCUGGUUAGAAGUUUCCAUACAGGCAGCAAGUCAGACAUCACCAACUGCACCCUUUCACAAGCAGACCCCAAGAAGUUGUAUGUUUCCAAUGCAAAGGGUGCCCUGUCUGUUUGGGAUUGGACGACAGGGGUGAGAUUGGGCCGGUCAGAGAUUGGUAGACCAGUGCAACAGGUCCUGACGUUACACUCGAAUGGAGGGAACGAAACUAUUCUUCUGCUUCGAGAGGAAGGGGAAAAGCGCAAGUCUGCCGCUGUCUAUACCGUCAGCACGUCUACGCAAAAGAUCUCAGAGGGCCGCACAAUACUUCAGAGGACCGGUGUUCAGCUAAGUAUCAAGUCGUAUGCCCAAGGAAGUGUCUUGGUUGCUUGUGCGGAUGACAAGCUCUUGGUGGGACAGUCUCAAAUCCUCCAGGAUGGCAGUUUAGAUCCCUCUUAUACAUGGAGAGAGAUCACGGUUCUAGGAUCUGUGACGAGCUUUGACGCCCAGGUCCAUUCCGGAAAAUCUAAGAGCUCCAGGAAAGUCCCUUUCUUGGAUGUCGUGAUCGGUCUCAAUACUGGAGUCAUUCUUCAAUAUGAGGAUAUUCUGUUCAAACUUAUCGGAAAGGAGAAAAAGAACUCAGCCGAGGAUAUACUGGCCCGCAAACUUCACUGGCAUAGGACCGGAGUCAACACAGUGAGAUGGUCUCGCGAUCGCAAUUACAUUAUCUCUGGUGGUAAUGAGACCGUCCUCGUUAUUUGGCAAUUGGAUACGAACCAGAGACAGUAUUUACCUCAUCUUUCCACUUCUAUCCUUGGUUUGACGGUAUCAGCUACGGGGUCGGCAUACGCCUUAAGAUUGGGUGAUAACUCUAUUAUGGUCUUGUCUACGGCCGAUUUGCUGCCGUCAACGAGCGUCAACGGCCUCGCAUUGGGCGACGGAAAGCAUACCUCGUCGUCAUUGGUACUUCACCCUAAAGUGGCAAGUCGACUGUUCGCAGCGGUACCUGCUAAUGCGGUUGCGCCGGGACUGCGACGAGGUAAAAGCUCGACGCUCCUACAGGUCUACGACUUGGAAUCAAACCUUGAGCUCUGUCGACAAGCUUUGACCCGGAACAUGACGACGGCCCUGAAUGUCGGACCCGCUGGCCAAUUUGUGAAAGAACCGAAUGUGACGUACAUUGCCAUCAGUCAUGACGGGAAGUGGUUGGCAACCGUCGAUGAAUGGCAGCCAAAUAAUCAAGACCUGGAAGCCAUGUACAUCGAUAACGAUAGCGGCGAGACGCGCGGCGCAGCAACUGAAACGCGACUUAGGUUGUGGAUCUGGAACGACGACGACAAUAACUGGGAACUGGUGACUCGAAUUGACGAACCUCAUGAACCGGGACCUUGCUCCAUCCUUGGUCUCGCCGCCAAUCCUGCCAAGGUUGAAGUUGCUACAAUUGGAUCAGACUCCAUGAUUCGUAUCUGGUCGCCCAAGGCGCGUCACCGAAAUGACAUUGCAGUCAGAAACUCAUCCGGUGGGCAGUUGUAUACUUGGACGAGUUCAAGAACGAUUCCAUGCGACCACAAUGCAGUGGGAGGCACCAAAGCAGCCACGUCGGCUGUUAUAGCAUAUUCAAACGAUGGAUCAGUCAUAGCGGCCUCAUGGUCCUGGCCCGGCACUCCGUCUCGAUUCGUCCAUCUCGUCGACCCUGCAAACGGCAAGAUCUGUGUUUCCCAUCCUGAUCUUCUAUCAAACGGCGACGCCAAAAUGGCAUUUCAGGGCCGACAUCUGUUGUGUCUUUCGGGGAAUUUCACCAUCGUUGACACCUUGACCUGUCAGACUACGGUGUCGAUCAACCUGGAUCCCGAUUUUGUCGCACCAGAGAGCCAUAGCCAAAGUCAUCUCGCGACCAACAAAUAUGAUGGCACAGUUGCGAUAAGCAUCUCGCGGUCUGAACGGCCCCGAAGUACCAAACUGCUCAUCUUGAACCUUCUUGGGCCCGAGCUGAAGGUCAUCUUUGAAAUAUCGUUCCCGGGCCUCGUUAAGGCCCUGCUCGCACUCACUACGGGUCCAGGAUAUUUGGUCAUCGACGAAAAGAAUAGAUUCCGACAACUGCGGCCUGCGGGCGCGGGAAGGGCGUCUUUGAAUGGAUGGACUGCGAGGAAACAGGACUCGGAUCAAGUGAUGAGGAGUCUGGAGAAUAUUUUCGACCGAGCAUCGGGCUAUAACAAUGACGAUGAUGAUGGUGGUGGAGCCAAAGGCUCACUCGCAGCGGUUGAAGACGCUCUCCCAUCCGCCAGCCCGGGUGGUUUAGAUGCAGCGCUCAGGAUUCUUUCGUCUGCCCAAGCCCCUACUCCAGUUGAGUUGUUCCGGCGAGUCGUUGGGGUUCUGGGAGGCAGCCGAGAUGAUAUGAACUGA